GUAAAAUCCAUCCUUUGCCGAACUUUCAGAACUUGACGUUCAAUACUUCGUCUCUAAAUUGUAUAAUGAGCCUUUUCGGCCUUGGUGGUUCCAGUUUAGGAACCAGACCUAACCCUAGUCAACAAACAAAAGAUCUCCCCUUGUGCCCUGAAAUCUUAGCUACCGUUGAUCAAUUCAAGGCGUUUGUCUCAGAGCAGAAGAAGAUUCGCGAAGAGCUUGUCAACCUUUCACAACAGCCAUUGGUCAAACUCAAAGCUGAUUUAACUUCAAUGGUUCACCAAGUGUCUUCAGUAACUUCUGAACUUCGAUGCAUUGGAGCCCAACGCGACCGUUUAAAGGAAGAUGUUUUAAAAGAGGAAGGUUUCAUAGGCAUUGCCCAGAGAAAUUUUGAAUCCGGUUCUAAUUUCCAUUUGGAAAAUACCGCGACCACAGAAUACUUUCUGAACAAAUUGCUGGAAUUCGAUGUUCGAAUGCGGUCUUAUAAACAGGAAUUGGAAGUGUUGGAAGAGCAUGCCAACACACGAGCACGAUAUCAACUUUCUCCAAAAGCGUUGGUAUCUCUUCUUCGACAAAUGGAUAACGAAUUUAUCUGUUUGGCUGCUCAGCUGCAUUCGGUGUACGAACAAAUUAAGACUUUGAAGUCACGUUACCUUCGGAAUCAGCGGAUCACAAGUUCAGAUGGCCGCAAUCCUUUCUCUGACAUAGAGGCCUCAUGUUUGAAGCUAAGGUACUUGGAUGACAAUUCUGAUCGUGCCCUGUAUUCCCUAAAGAAAACUAUCUCUGCACGUACGCCUUACGGCCCAUCUCCGUUUUCCACCGUUCCUUCCGGUCCUGCCUUUUCUUUAACUUCUUUGGGCGGACAAACGGCUCAAUCGGCAAUAGUCCAACCUACAAACCUCCAAACAACAACCGUUUCGUCAGCUCCAGGUGUUUUUUCCACUGGCCUUGGUACUGGAUCAACAAUCUUCAGGCCGACAUCUGGAUUCGGCCUAACUUCAUCGCUGACUGCACCGACACUUUCAAGUGCAGCCCCUUCGUUUCAAUUUACCGCUCCAGCAGCUGGUGCGCAAACUACCAAACCACUUUUCGGCUUUGGUAUUGCCAACACAACCGCAACGAACCCUCUCGGUGCCUCUCCACUCUCGAAGCAGUCAACUGGAACACCAUCACUAGGCUUCACUGGUUUUGGUAGCGCAGUGUCGACGUCUGAUAAUCAGUUUGGAAAAAGAUUGGCUUUAAAACCAACAUCUCUCGUCUUCCCUAGAUCUUGAUCGCUUACGCGUUGUAUUACCUGAAAUUUUAUAUAUAAAAAUUCCAAUUUGAUUCAGUUCUUUUUUAUGUCGCGCUUGUUUUUUGCAUAGCCUUUCUUUUAUGGCUGGUAUCUGUCUA